AAAAUUUAUAAUAUAAAGUGUUAAAAGUUUAAAUACAAUAUAAGAAAAGAAAAUCCUGUAAUUACGUAAAAAAAGAAAGAUUUAAAACAGUGACAUUAGAAGGGACAGAAACAGAAAGGAAGAGCGACAAAAAUAAUAACAUGUACUUACUAAACAUAUGAAUAAUAACAACAACAAUGAAAUGCUUGCUUACAAUAUGGCUACCAUAAGCCUGAAGAAUAUCAACUUGAAAACAACAACAACAGCAGCUACAACAAACAUCUACAAUAAUAUUAAAAAUAAAAACAACAAUAAAAAUAAUAAGAAUAAUAAAACAAGUAAAAAUACUCACAACUUAUCACAACGGAAGUUAAGGCAAACAACAACUACUAUACCGACAACUAUAACAGCAAAUACAAAAGCAGGAAAUUCAACAGUUUGCAAUAACAGUUCAUGUUUAAAUAAUUCAUCUUCAUCUGCCACUUGUACUGCUACUAAUACUACUACUACGUGGCAAGCAACAAGUUUUUACCACAAUUUUAUUAAAUCGUAUAAUAAACGAAAUUAUAUUAACUCCACUUUGUUUCCAUUGUUGGACUCAUUAUUUUGUAUAACAAAAGCCACCACUUCAUCGUUUUCAACAACGUCAUCAUCAAUACAAACGUCAUUGCUAUCAGAAGUGUUUUCGUUAAAAACAAUAUUUAAACAUGUUUUACUGGCAUUUAAUUUUUAUAAUCCUAUUAGCCGCAUUUCAAUUGCAAGUUGAAUAUGCAACAGCUCAUUAUGUUGCAAAUGCAACCGCUGUUUUAGCUGCAACUUCAACAGUACCAGCAUCAUCAGCAGUACCAGCAUCAUCAGCAGUACCAGCAUCAUCAGCAGCAGUAGCCACAAUCACAACGGCCAUUAGCUCAACAUCCAGUAGUUCAUCAUUAAAUAAUAUUUUAAGAAUAGGAGAUGGCAACAUAAUAACAAGGGUAUGUGGCAGAUAUUAA